GUUUAAAGCUGAUUUCCCUGGCCUCAAAAGAUAGGUGAAGCACGGGCUCUCUUGGUUUGUUCCCAAUCCCUGCUCCUGCUGGCUAGAUAACUUUGGAAUGGGAAACAAGCCUGUGAAGGAAGCAGAGCAAGAACAAGAAGGGAUUUACUUGAAGAUUGUGCCACCUUUGGAAAUGAAGCAGGAACCAGAGAAGAUUCUUUUGGAGUUUAAGCAAGAAGCAGAGCAAAAAGUGAAGCAAAAAGUGAAGCAAGAACAAGAGGAGAUUCUACUGAAGAUUGUGCCCCCUCUAGACCAAGCAUAUGUACGGUGGCUCGUUAGGGAUCUUAAGAGGGUUCAUGGCUUCACUCCAACAAAGACAUGUGCAGUGACACCACCAGAUCAUUACAUUGAGUACAUGCGCUUGAAUGGGUGGUUGGAUGUGGACUUGGACGAUCCAGAUCUGGCUCAUCUGUUCAAAUAACGGGAUCAUGAGGUAAGUUUGUCUGAAUCAUGUUUAAAUGCCUUGUAGAAACUACAUUUGAUUGAUGAUCUUAACAUUGAAUUUAUUCAAUGAUGUAGUUUGAAACUUUAUGUUGAUGGUUGAAUCUUUCUUGCAAACUAGAUGUUAUAUAAUAUUGAAGACAAUGAGAUGAGGGUUUUUGAAAAACCCUAUCAAUAAUCCGCAUUGCUCGUAGAUUCCUCUUCAAGUGACCGCACAUUCAAUUGCUUUUUCCUGUUAAAACUUUGCACCAAGAUCAAGGCCUCCUUGAGAGAAAGGGACAGACGAGAAAACUAGAGGAAGAAAUUAAAGAGGAGCUGGAGAU